GCACAUCCGGUGCCGUUUCCUGUCAGUGUUUGUAAACUGAGAAAAUUGGAAGUGCGACAAGCAAUAAUAACCUACAUAACUCUUAAAAUUGAAAGGCUUUGGCCCCUGAUGAUUUGGGUGGGUGGGGUCUCUUCUGUUACCCCCGAUCCUGAGUGAAGCCCCCACUGUUCCCCCAAACACACACGCAUUCAAACCACCACGAUGACAAACCAUUCCAACAGGGACCAUAUGAAAUGGGCUGGGCUGCUGGGCUGUGAGGCGGUGCUAUCCAGUAUGGCUCUGAUGCAAGCCAACAACAUCCCAGGACAGAAGAGGAUGAUGUCAACUUUGGGUCAAGGGCACAGGGCCAGUCCAGAGAGCCACCAAACUCACUCGCAGCACAGCAACAACCACCAUGGACACCAGGGUCACCAUGGACAAGCCCACCACAGCCACAUGGGUCACCCGUCAGCAGGGAGCUGUCCACCUCUGCUGAUCCGAAAAGACGGGGAUUAUCACACAUCAAGAAUGAUGGAUGGGAAGGACAUGCAGGCAAACCAGAAUAUGCAACCCAAGAAGAAGCACAAAAAAUCAGGGUCAUCCAACAAAGUCAAAGAGAAAGUGGAGCUUAUACUUCCACCACUGGACAUGGAUGAUGACAGUUCCUUGAAAGUUCAGAAGAACUUCAUCUGUGACCACUGCUAUGGAGCUUUCCGGAGUAGCUACCACCUCAAGCGACAUAUACUUACACAUACAGGAGAAAAGCCGUAUGCCUGCGAUGCCUGUGAUAUGCGUUUCAUUCAGCGUUACCACCUGGACAGACACAAGAGGGUGCACAGCGGAGAGAAGCCGUACCAGUGUGAUCGCUGUCAUCAGAACUUCUCACGGACAGACAGACUGCUGAGACACCGGCGGCUGUGUACUGUCGGGAUGACUAAAGAGGAGAGCCAGUACUCACAGGAUGCAUCUGCCCAUCCAGCUUCCUGGAGUCCCCUACAGCCCUCCAACAACCGUUUGACUGUCUGACCCUCGGCUUCCUAUAGAGACCCUUCAGACAGAAGCAUUGGAGCUCAACAGUAGCGUACCCUGAAAACCACCUAGCUUUAAAACCAUUUUAGUUUGCUCUCGCCAGUUCAUUCACAGAGCUGGAUAUUGGAUUUUUGUAUUUUUCUACUGUUACGUGAAUCCCACUGGCAAACGGAGGAGGACUACUUUGCGAUCAUGGACAACAGAUCAUGAUAUUAUGGCAAUAUCUAAAUGUAAGAGGCACACUUCUUUCAUCUGAAGGUGGCAGGUAUUGGAUGUUUGCUGCCAAGGGAUUUACAAGGAUUUUUGACCGCAUUGACUUUCAAUGUAUCCCUCAUAGGUGUUCUGUUGACCUGCACCGCUCUGCUACUAUGGAAAGUUCACUAAAGGACAAACAUACGGAAGUGUUUAGCUUUUUAUUUCAAGUACUACUGAUGGUAUCUUCGUUACGAUACUACUCAUCAUGUACCCAGCUGUUUAUAAGCUGAAGAUCACAGCAGACUUGUGGUCCAAGCUGACUUAAGGAAGUCACUUUCAACCCAUUCAGUUCUGAAGGCGUUGAGUUUUAGAAAACAACUGAAAACUGAUUUUAGAAUGAAAUGCAAACUAAUAAUACAUUUUCCCCAGCUCAUAUGUCUUAAAUGGAUCUGAAGUAAUCUCCUACGAUUAUUUCAAAGAACACUAAAGGCUAACUAGAUUUUCCUGAGAUGUUACAUUUUAGACUUUGUUGCAUUAGUUAUGUUGUGUAGCGACGGCUUGCUCACUCACGGUUCCAUCUACUUUUGAAGAGAAGGUAACACUGUUGGAAUACAAUAGGAGGCUGACACGUUUCUGUUCUGUACCGCAGAUUUAAUGACGCUCUUGAACAACUCAGUGGGCUUUUUCAUUACGUUCAUUUUGAUUUAAGAAAUACAUGUCUGAUUGUCUGUAGCAAACAUGGAAAUUCUAAAACACUUUGUGAAACAUCAAUAUUUCUGUUUACUGUCUCUUUUAGCGAGAAACCACUGUUUGUCUUUUUUUUUUUCUUGCUCACUGUUCAUCAAUUCUUAUGAAUUUGAAAGACUUCCGUCCUUUCACAAGUUUUUUGGUAAGUCAACAUGUUAUCUGAUAUCCUGAGGUUUACACCAAGGGCUCCUGAGAGUAUAUGAGCAUAGAUCUGGUAAUGGUUAUUAGGCACGUGACACAUGGUUUAAAACAAAGUAUUUUCAAUGGAGGUACAGGGGGAAUGUCCUUUGUACAGGCUUGUAGAAUCCAGUGCUCAUGAAAACAGCCCAGAUCAGAUGAAGGAAUAAUUAGUGUUGUCUGUAGAUCUCUAGACCUUACCUCUGUCUUGACUCAACUGAAUGUCAUGUGAAUACAGUGCCAUGACAUUUCUUUUCAAUUGGAACCUUGAGCAUCUUCAGUGAAGGUGACUUAUUGUAUACAGUGAAGACCAGAAAAUAGUGUCCAGGUUGUGUUUUGUAUAAUGAGAGCCUACAUUAUUUUUUUUGUUCCAUUAAUUCAGGCUCCAAACACUGGACUGGUGAUGUGUUAGCUCGACUGAGGAGGAUUGCAAUGUAGACUGGUACUUCUGUUAGACUAUGUAGAAUGAGUUUUGGGCCCAUUACUGACUUUUCUGCUUUUUUAUAAAGUUAAUAUAUGUUUAAAUUUUAUUAGGGGUAGAAAAUAGUAUGUAAAGGACCUACACUCCAACACAAAAUCAAAGUAUUUACAAAGUUAUAAUCCUUAGUCUGAUGAUUUCUUGAGACAACUGAGAAGCCCAUUGCAAGACAUUGUCAACUUUCUGUUAGGAGGAAAAGUAAAAGUGGCCACUCGUGCCCUUAAGUGUAGCAGCUAAAAUUAGUCAGCAUUUUUUUUCUUUGUCUUUUUGCAUGUAUAUGUUUGAAAAAUCUUGUUAAAAAAAAGUUUUGGUAAAAAGAUUUGCUUUAUUUCAGAUGUAAGCCCCCAUCCGUUUUGUCAUUCGAGGGGUGAAGUGAAAUCACUUAACGUCAGUCAAUCAUUCUGUAGCAUGGAGCUUGUAAUGGCAGUUUAGGGCCCCAAGUCUCAAUAAAGCUGUUACACUUUUUAAACAAAU